CAAACAAGCUAGUUGAGCUUGCUAGCCUGCAGACGUCAGAUGAAAGAUGGCUACUACGUAAAUAAAUAAAAGCAGCCUUGGGAUUUGUCCGGUCUCAUGGAAAGGACGACGUAGAAGGCAGAGAGAACGGGAAAGCACUGCCAUGGCGACUGGGACCAGCGUUAGCAGCGUCUUGGCGUCCAACCAUGACAGACAGGAGGCUGCAUCUAACUCGGCUCAGUCCGAUGCUGCUGCUGCGCCUGUUGUGUCCGGCGCUCCGGGCUCCGGCUCGGUGCCGUCCGCCUCUCCGCCCGCUGUCGGUUUGCACCGGGAGCCCAUGUACAACUGGCAGGCGACAAAGAGCUCCCUGAAAGAGCGCUUUGCUUUCCUCUUCAACAAUGAGCUGCUUAGCGACGUCAGGUUCAUCGUAGGGAAGGGCAGACAGGCCCAGAGGAUACCGGCCCAUAAGUUCGUGUUGGCCGCGGGCAGUGCCGUGUUCGAUGCCAUGUUUAACGGAGGGAUGGCGACCACGUCCACUGAAAUCGAGCUGCCUGACGUGGAACCGGCGGCGUUUCUGUCCCUCCUCAGGUUCCUUUAUUCUGACGAGGUCCACAUUGGUCCAGAGACUGUGAUGACUACUCUUUACACAGCUAAGAAGUAUGCUGUCCCAGCUCUGGAAGGCCACUGUGUGGAGUUCCUCACAAAGCACCUUCGUGCUGACAACGCCUUCAUGCUUUUAACACAGGCAAGGUUGUUCGAUGAGCCGCAGUUGGCCAGUCUGUGCCUGGACACAAUAGACAAAAGUACAGCUGAUGCUAUAAAUGCAGAAGGCUUCACAGAUAUAGACCUUGAUACGUUGUGUGCAGUAUUAGAAAGAGACACUCUCAGCAUCAGAGAGAACCGGCUAUUUGGGGCUGUGGUUCGAUGGGCAGAGGCAGAGUGUUACAGACAACAGCUUCCCCCAACCUCUGAAAACAAACAGAAGGUCCUGGGAAAAGCUCUUCCACUUAUCCGUUUCCCUCUCAUGACUGUGGAGGAGUUUGCUGCAGGGCCUGCCCAGUCUGGAAUAUUAUUCGAUCGGGAGGUGGUAAAUCUUUUUUUACACUUUACAGUAAACCCCAAACCACGCGUCGACUACAUUGACAGGCCCCGCUGCUGUCUCAGGGGGGAGGAGUGCUGCAUUAAUAGAUUCCAGCAGGUUGAGAGUCGAUGGGGGUACAGUGGUACCAGCGACAGAAUCAGAUUUAAUGUAAACAGACGUAUAUGCAUCGUGGGUUUUGGCUUGUAUGGUUCAAUACAUGGACCCACCGACUACCAAGUCAACAUCCAGAUCAUCGAGAGUGACAAACGUCUGACGCUCGGGCAGAACGACACAGGCUUCAGCUGCGACGGCACCGCAAACACAUUCCGAGUCAUGUUCAAGGAGCCUGUGGAGAUCUUGCCCAAUGUCAGCUACACUGCAUGUGCCACCUUGAAGGGCCCUGACUCUCACUAUGGAACGAAAGGCUUGAAGAAAGUUACACACGAGUCUGUCACAGGCUCCAAGACAACAUUUUUGUUCUUUAGCUCACCUGGAAACAACAAUGGCACUUCUGUGGAGGAUGGCCAGAUACCAGAGAUCAUCUAUUAUAACUGAACUCGAUGCGGAACCAGAGACACUGGACAAUGCUGCAAAGCCUGAACUGCUGGCGAUAUAGUGCCUCGUGAUAUUUUGGAAUGUUUGAGGUUGUAAAUAUUGUAUGUGUGACUCGAAAACUCAAGAUUGUAAAUGGGGGCGAAAGACUAAACUGCUGUGGCCAGAGCUUGUACCCUAUCUACAGUAUCUAUAUCCAUGUAUAAGGCUUUGAAAUGUCCUUAUCAGAAACCAUGCUCCAUGGAUUUGGAGUGAUCCAUAUUGUCAGUUGGUAGUGGUCAAGUAGCUGCCACCACUCCAGACAACAGCCAACCGCCUUUCAUCUCAGUCUAUUAUCCUCACAAGAUCACCCGUCUCUCCCCAUGUAUUUACAUUGUAAUGAGCAUUUACAUGUCCGUGGUACGUGCUGUAAUUUAUAACUUUAUGUUGGAAUCAUUAAACAGAAUCAGCUUUAUUGCCCAUGUCCAACUAGGAAAGUGCUUCGGUACGUCGUGCAAUAAUGAUUAUAAAUAAUAAAUGAAUAAAAAUAUAUAGAAGUAGUCAAUAGAUAAACAACAAACAACAAGGCUGUUCAUGGAACAGAACCUUCAAACUUCUCAAUCUGGGAAGAAUAACUGUCCCAACUUGAAAUGGCCCACAAUGCUUUGAUCCUCCGCGACAAGACCUGGCCCCACUCUCUCUGCAGUUCAACAACAUGUACAGCCAAUGUUGGUGAAAAGCCAGCUUCACUGAAAGAAUGCCUGUUCCCUCAAAACUCUGUUGCCUAGAUGAAGUGCUCAGCUGCACAUAACCAACAAGAGCCCCUGCACUUCUGAAGGCAGCGAGUGGGCUGUGAUGAGACAGAGAUCUAUGGAGGCUGUCAGGUGAGUCACCGGGAUAUGCGAGCUCAUUCUCUGCCGCCUGCCCACCUCAACAGCCUUUAUUGAUGCAGAACUGAGAGACAGAUUUUCUGCCAGCGUGUGUGCGUGUACACCAUGUUAUUCUCCGACAGAGACAGUAAACUAGUAAUUUUUAAUAUUACUGGUGUUCAGCAUCCAAACAGCUUGCAGUAUCUCCUCCUGACUCUACUACUGAAGAUGCAUAGAAACCCUUCAGAAUGUGCAACACAUGACUGACUAAUAUAUUCAUAUAGCCUGUUUAAACAUGGUGGUUCUUAAACAGCGUUUGAUUUUUGGAUUUUGUGUUGCAUUUUAUUGAGGUCAGCCCAGUAGUUAUUGAUGGUCACAAAAAAAUUGAUGGCUGUUUACGUCGAUAGUCUUGUGACAGCACUGGUGAGCAUUGCGCUGUUGCCAGACCAGUUAAUUCAGAGUUGAGUUGACCCCAGGAUAAUGUCGACCGCUCAAUCGCCAACCUACUGAACUGACAACAAUGGUCUUGCCCUGUAUUUUUGUGGCCCGGAUGAAGUCUCAGUGAAACUGUAAAACUGAUCAUUUCUUGCCU